UGCUGAAACAAACUUUAUUUAUAAAGUUAUGUUUGUGUAUGUAUAUACGUAGACGUCUUGCGGCGACACAGCUGAUUCAUCUGAUUGUUUACCGGAAUAGAAAAAUGAACGACCGUUUGCAAUAGCGGAUAUACUUUGCUCGUAGAGAAAAGUCACGUUAGUGGAAUUCCGUUCAAACAUGGGAUGCUGCUACAGCUUUUGUAAAGAGGACAGCGGGCCACAGGGCGGAGAAGCAAAUGAAAGAACACAUUUGCUGGUAGAUCCUGUCAGUAAUAAUACAAAUGUACCGAGAGUUCAUAGUGACGAUUAUGUUAACCAAUAUGCAAGUUCCGUGCCUAAGAAGACAGAUGAACAGAGUGCAUUGAAUAGAAUUUUACAUGAAACUGCGGCCAAUGUUAUUGACGUGGGCGCAUUAGACACUCAUAAUCUAGAACAACAUGAAUAUAUGGACAGAUCUCGUGCGUAUUCAAAGAGAAUAGAAUCGGGUCGAAUUAAAUUUCCUGAGGGUGCAUCUUGCUUACUUAAAGAUAUACCUGCUCCAGAACGAACAUUAGCUGCCGAUCCACUUGCUACUGAAGAUCAAGAAUUGAUUACAGAAAUGCUCAACAAGGCUGUGACAGCAUUAGGCGAUGUAAAAGUCGAACACAAGGAGGAUUUGGUGGUUCCAUUUCUAUCGUGAUCGUUGAAUAUCCGUCAAAUUAAUUUAUAAUUUCAUCUCAUUUGACUGGAAUUUUAACAUCAUAAAAAAGAAUACGUCAAAAAUAUAUCGACCUAAGUCCGAGUUAUAAUUCUAGCUUACGCUAAAACAAAAGAUUGUAAUGUAUUAUACAGAAUGUUGAAUUAUUACUGCUGUUUAUGCUUGCUAUGUACUAAUAGUUUCACGAUUGUUAAAUAGAUAUACAGUUCUCUCUUAUUUUUUAUUUUAAAGUUUAGUGUUAUUAAGAUAUGCGCCAUAAUCUUUUAUCUAUGUGAAAUUUUUAUGUAAAAAAUUAAUUUGUUGUAAUAUUUAUCGAUAAGUACACACGCCUGC